AUGGUUUCAAGUAGCCUCAGUACUAACAAUGAAUCCAAGGAGUCUUUAGCUGGGGUUAUUGAACUUCCAGAGGAUGACCCUGAUAUCUUGAUUCGAUUCCUCCAGUUUUUGUAUACAGGAAAUUACGAGGAUGGAGAGUAUCCAACGCAGGAUAUGCCUGCUACCGAAGCAAUUAUGGACGCAGAUGAGAUUCGAAGAGAACUUCAAUACGCCCCUGGAGUUUUGACUGGUGGACUUUCGGGAGAAAGUCAAGAUUCAAGUCUCAGAAGCCAGAUCCAGAGUAUAGCCAAUGACAUUGAUGAGAAAAGUGAUGGCGAUUAUGAAAUUUCAUCACCCAGCACGGAGCCAGACGAAGAAUAUUUGUCCGGUCUCGAAGAUGAAGAAGCUGAUGAGGAAGACAAUUCCGAAGGUCAUGAGUACGUGGAAAGUCGCCCCGUCAAUCUCUUCAUUGCUCUCCGAGUUUAUGUAAUGGCCGAUAAGUUUGGUGUUCCGUCCCUGAAACUACUGGCUCGUCGUAGAUUCUACAACACAGCACGGAAAGUAUUCCAUACAUAUUCCGAGUUCCCUGCUGUAGUGGAUGAGCUAUACGAGACUACAGCACCGACAGACUAUACUAUAAGAGAAAUCCCUUGUCGUUUGAUUGCGGCAAGCUAUGCCUCCAAUGCAUCGAAUACCAUAGAUUUUGAGGCACUCAUGUGUGAUUAA